AUGUAAGACAUUCUUAAGUCUUUCAAGUUUUUUUUAAAUCUAUUUUAAAAUUUAGAAUAACAGAAUUAACCAAUAUAAUUCACAUUUAUUUGUUAUUAAAACAAAUCUUUUUAUUUAGAUUUAAUUGAUAUGAUGAAACAUAUAGAUAAUGUUUAAAAACUACCAUUAAAUAAUAAUAAAGAAUAAGAGGUUGUCAAGAAAAUUCUACCUAGUUUUAUUGAAGCUUUUAAUUUACAUAUAGACAAUAUCAUAAAAUAAUCAAUUUUCAAAAAAAUGCUUUUGGAUAAAAUUCAAUUAUCUGAUUUAUACAUAAUUGAUCCAUAAUAAUUAGAAUAGAUCUUCAAUGAAUUAAUACUUUCUUAAACUCAUUUGCUUAGAGAAAUGAUUGGCUCACUUCUUUGUGGUAAUUGUGAAGGUCCAUUAAAGAAUUUAUUAGAAUAACUUAUUUAAAGAUUAUAUUUAAUUAAAGAUACUUAAAUAUAGGAUUUAAGAAAAUUAGGAGGUUUAGAGUAAAUAGAUUAAGCACCUCAAUAAGAGCACAAUCAAUUACAAUAAGGUAAAGAUACAAAAGAAUAAAAGAAAUCAAUUUUUGAUAAACCAGAAAUUUAGGGAAUUUUAGAUAGAGUUGAAGAAAUGGGGUUUAAUCCAAAAUUAGCUAAGAAAGCUAUCCAAAGAGCGGAGGUUCCUGAAUUAUCUGUUGUUCUUGAUAUGAUAUUUAAUGGAAGAAUAUCAGAUGAUGAAGAAGAUUUGGAAGAUCUAAUUUUUGAAUCAGAAAUUAAAGGUGAAAAUUCAGAAACUUAUCAAAUUAAUUAAUAAAUUUAAACUGAUGCUAAGAAUUUAAUUGAAUAAGAAUAAAAAUAGAAAAUCAUAGCCAUUACUGACAAUGAUUUUUUUUUGAGGAUUUUAAAUUAAAACUUCCCUUUAUUUGAUCCAUAACUAACAUUACAAGAAAGAAUUUAGGUGGUAAUCAAUGAUUUUUAAUAGAAAUUAGAUGAACUCAUUAACUAACUUUUAGAUUAAUAAUUAAAGGGUUAAAAAUCUAAUAGUAAUCUUUUAGAAUAUUUAUUCACUAUUGCUAAAAAAUAAUAACAUAUUUAGAAAAUAUUGGAUUAUAUUUUUGUAACUUUAUAAGAAUUUAGAUCAUAGUAGGGUAACGAUUUAAAUAAAAAAAUGAAUUUAUUUUACCAUUCUUUGUAAUUGUUAGCACUUUUGUAAUAGAUUUCAUAAUAGGAACAUGAAAAAAUAUAUUAAAAUGUGAUUUUAAUUGAUUUAGAGUGUUAGAAAGAAUAGAAAUUUGUUUUAUCAUUUUAGGAGAUGAUUUAGAUAGGAUUCACUUUGAUUUAGGAUAUGAAUGAUUAGAUGAUAAUAUAAAACAAAAAUGAGUAUAAAGAAUUAGAAUAAAUAAAUAUUUCUGAAUUAAGUUACACAGAGAUAUGCUAAAAGGCCCAAUAACUAACAAAUGAAUUAAAUGUGUUAUUUGAAAAUAAAUUUAGUACAUUAAGACUAUUCUGUAAGGAAUUGUAGGAAGCCUAGAAAUACUUAAUAAGAUUUGUGAUGAAUUAACAAAAUAUGCAUGAUUAGUUAUUAGAAAGAUAUUGGAAUAAUAUAGAAAUAUAUAUAGAAUUUUUGAUAUAAAUAUGCAUAAUGAAUUUAUAGUUAUAAGAAGAAUCAUAAAAGACUCAUAAUUUAUUAAAUGAGAUUGAUACUUAUGUAAAUAGUAAUAAAGGUUUAAGAGAAGAGAGAGAUUCAACAUAAAAUAGCAUUUAUUUGAGAUAAUUGAUAUAAAGAAGAUUUGUUACUGAUAAAUAGGUAAUAACUUAAUUAUUGUAAUGUUUAAAUAAUUUUGGUUUGCACAAUUAAAGUAAGUUAUAUGAAAUACUUACAAAAAGAUAGAAACAAGAUAACUCUACAUUAUUAGAAAUUUUAUUAGGAAUGAAAAUUAAUACAAGUUAUAUGGAAUAUGAGGAAUCACAACCAGUAUUUUUAGAAAAUUUGAUUUAUUUGAUAGGAAUAGAUUGUAGAACAGCAAAGGAUUUAAUAUUGAUGAUUUUGAAAUAGAUAAUGUUAAAUGAGCAUAUAGAUUGGCAUGCAUAAUAGAUAAAGAAUUUAGAGGAAUUGCAUCAUGUUAAGAUGCCUUAAAGAUAUAUUGAAUGUCCAUUAUCAUAUUUAUUAUAGUUUCAUCCUGUUUUGGUGAAUAAUCCAAUGGUGUAUAAGAUAAUAAUUGAAUAGGACAGUCUUAGUAUAAGUGAUACAUAUUCAGAGUUAUCUAGAGUUCAUGCAACUAGAUAAUCUUCAUUAUAGACAAGUGUAAAAUUAACGAAAGAAUAAGAGAGAUUAUUAAAAGAGAAAGAGAAGGAGUUGCUUUAAUUAACUCAGACUGAUAUUAUCAUAAGAUUUGAAUUAAAUCAUAUUAUAGAACCAUAAUUGAAUUCUAAUUUUAUUAAGUUGAUUGAUAUUAUAGCUUAAACAAUAGUUGAUAGAUUUUUUGAAGAGAAUUUUAGAUUUGUUGAAUAAGUCUUUAAUAUUAAAUUAAAUUAAUACAAAGAUGAUAAUAGAAUGUAUCUUUAUGGUUGGGAUCAAUUAUUAAGAAUAAUAGAGAUGCUUAUUAUCAAAAUACCUUAAUUAAUAUUAUAUUUACGAUAAUUGAAGGUGUCUUUACCAAUUCAAGUUGAUAAUUAGAAUAAUAAAAUUACAUUUAUAGAAUUUAUAAUUAAAUAUUUAACUUGGAUAGGAAUUGAUAAACUUUCUAAUUUUAUGCAUAAUUACUUAAGUGAUAUUAAUAUGUUAUCAUUUGGUUAUGGAGUAAUUUUGGGUUAAGAAGUACUCCAAUUACUAUUAAAUGAGUUACCUAUUGAUUAGAACAAUAAUGUUUUAUAAAAGUUUUAUCAUGUAUUAUAAUUAUUAGUAUUAUUUACAUAAACAUUGACAUUAUAAAACUGUUUAUUGAUAUUAACUGAUUAGAGAUCAUAAAUGAAUAUUGUUCCAAUAAUUAUUAGUACUUUAAAUAGUGUAAGGUAAUGUGAAAAUAAGUAAUUUGUUAAAUUGUAUCAAUAAACUAUCGCUAAAAUAUUGGAACCAUUUUUAUAGUCUCAAGUGUAUUUUGAACAUAUCAAAUUAGAUAAAUUUGGAGAUGUAUUUAGAUUAUAGUAAAGUGUGGAUUUUGAUACAUUUCAAUUUCAUUAUCUACAUUGUUUAAAGAACUAAUUAAUUUGUUAUCAAUUAUAUCCUAAUUUUAAAAGUACUUAAGGUUCAGCUUAACAUUUUAUUUCACAUCCAUAGGUUUAACAAACUCUUAAAGAUGAACAUUAAUAAGAAAUUGUUUGGCCUUUAUAUUAGUCUAGAAGAAACUUCAACAAUUAAAAAAAUAAUAAUCAAAAAUAGUUAGAUGAAGAUUAAAGUGAUUCAGAUUCUGAUCAAGAUAUUUUCUAAAUUGAAAAUAAUUAAAUUAAAUAUAAAGCCAAUUACUCAAGCAUAAAUUCUUGGGGUGACUAUUAUUCAUAUGAAAAUGAUUUUAUGUCAAAAUGUACAAUAAAUAGAGAUGAAGAAAGAAUUCAUAAAGAAAAUCCACAUAAUAUCUUUCCUUAAAAAGAUUUAAAUAUACUAUUUUGUAAUUUAGACUAGAAAACCUAUUAUUUUCCAAUACCUGAAUUUUAGAUUUCAACUUAAAAUAUUGUUUAUUAAUAAAAUGAUUAUAAAAACUGGAUUACAUCUAUUGUUGGUUUAUAUUUUAGUUCGAAUGAGUAUUUUGAGAAUAAGAAAUCAUUAAUCUCUAAAGCUUAUGAAAACCAAUUAAAAUAUACAGUGGAAUAUAUACAUUCUAUAAAUAGAUUACUUUUAUCAUCUCCCUUUUAUCAUACUAUAUAAAUUGAAUCGAUACAACAUUAUUUAUCCUAUUAUUUAAAUGGAUCAUUAAAUCAUUUACAAAUCUAAUCUGGAACUGCAUGUUUCUAUUCUAAAUUUGGUUAAGCACCUAAUCAACUUUAAUAAGAUUAUUUAGCUAAUUCUUUAUCAAUUAAUAUAAAUGAUACUCCAUUAAAAUAAUAAAGAAUUUUAACUUAAAUUUCCUGUCAUAUUUUACAAAGCAGAGUUGUACUUAAUGGAAUGCCAAAAGAUUUACAUGAUUAAGGACUACUAAAAGCUAAAUUAUAAAGUCUUAUUCAUCCAGAAGACAUUCUUGCCUUAUAACCAAAAUUAAUAGAUAUUCCAUAAAAAAUAUUAAUUCAUCCUGAUGAAUAGUAACUUUAAAUUACCGAUAACUUACUAUUAGAAAUGUUAAUUUCUCUUUUGUUAGAUUAAAAUAACUUUUAAUAAUUUCCUUUUAAUCUUUUAAGAUAAAUUAGUAAGAGUUCUCGUCUUGGAUUUAAAUUACUCAUUCAAUUACUUUUACUAUAUUAAGAAUAAAAAAAUAAUUUAGAAUUAACUCUUCAAAUUUUGUAUUUAGUUAGUUAGAAAAUUCCUUCUAAUAAUUUAAGAGAUUUACUUUCAGAAUCAUUAUAACUAAGUCCAAUACUUAAUAAAAGAGAAAAGGCCAAUCUAGCAAAGGGACAAUAAAUAAAAGAAUAGUUUAUAAUAGAAGAAGAAAAUAUAGAUGAAUUAACUUAAGAAGAUGAUCUUGAAAAUCCAUUAGUCUUUCUUAUUAAUUAAAUCAACAUUUACUCAGAAAAAAAUAUUUCUUUUAUUACUCUAUUUCAUAAUGCUGAGUCUUACAUACCAAUUGAAAAAAGUAUUAUAAAUUUAUAUAUUCUAGAUAUAUUAUUGACACCUUUAUUAGCCAACCAAACUAAUUUACACUUGUCUUACUUAAUUCAAAUUAUUAGAGGCUCUCUUAUGAUUACAACUGAUGAUAAAGAUAAAACUAAAAAGGUUGAUGAUGAAAAUCUAUAUAAAAUUAUGAGAAGGUAAGCAGCUAUAUAUAGUGGAGGAAUUGAUGAAAGUAAAAUCUUUGAUUUAUUUUCCCAAUUAAACCGAAAUGAAGAUAUUCAAUUUCGCGAUUUGAUUCUCAAAACAUUCGCCGAUAAAAAUUAAGAGUCUUAGGAUUCUUGGGAUUAAGCAUCGUUUACAUUCAAAUCACUACAAUUUAAACACGCUGAAAUUUAAUCUCCUUUUAGAUAAGUAUCGAAUGUUUCAAUUACUUAAAUGUAACCUUAAAUACCUCCUUAACCUAAAUAACCUAUUCCACAAUUUCCUAUCUCAUAAAUAUCCGUCUUACAAUAACAUUAAUAAUUAUAAUAAUUUUAAUAGAUUAGAUAACAUUCAUAAUACAUGUAAUAAUCAAAUUAAUAGAAAAUAUAAGAAGAUUAAAAAUAACAAUAAUAAUAAUAAGAAGUAUAAUAAUAAUAAUAAUAAUAAUAGUAAUAAGAAUAAGAAUAACAAUAAUAAGAAUAGUAAUAGUAAUAAUAAUAAUAAUAAUAAUAAUAAUAAUAAUAAUAAUAAUAAUAAGAAUUAGAUGAAAAUGAAUUCAAUUAAUAAUUAUCUAAAAGGGAAAGAAAAGUUAGUGCAAAAAUUUCUCAUGUUGAAAUUGAUAUUAUUACAUCUCUGUGCAAAAGUCUUAAUAACCCAUUAUUAAGAGAAGGAAAUUCUAAUGAAAUUAUUAAUAUUUUGAAUUCUUAUGCAAAUGAUAAAUUAAAAAUAGAACAUGCAAUUAAUGAAUUAACAAAAUAUAUCAUUCAACAAUCAAAAAUAUUUAACUUUGAAUUAGAUAAAAAAAGAAAAUAACUUCGAGAAAUAACAAAUCAAAGAGAAAAGAUGAAAGAUUAUGAUCCUGAACAAUAUUAAGUACUUAACAAUAUAGAAAAUGAAAUAAUCAAAGAGUUAAAUUAAAAAACUCCUGAUCCAAAUAUUAUUUAAAGAUGCUUUAUUGCAAUUACAGGAUUUCUCAAUCUUGAUUUAAUGAUUUCAGAUUAAACUAAUAAAUUAGCUAGUAAACCAAGUUCUACAUAAACCAGAUAAUAAAUUUAGAUGGAUAAAAAGAAAUUUAAAUUAAAUUAAUAAGGUAAAAGUAUUGAUACUACAAGUGAUAUUGAUUAAUCAGUUAAAAAAGAUAUUAGAACUAAAUUUAUUAAUUUUUUAUAAACUAGAUAAACACAUCAUUUAUGGUUAAAUGUUGUUGAAACUUUACUUUUAAUUUUUAAUUACAAAGGAUCUAGAUCAUUAGAAUUAUUAUAGAAAAAACUUUAUCCACUUUUAGAAUGUUUUUUAAGACUCUAUUAAAAUGUGCAUGAAGAACUAAAUUCUUAAGAAUAUACAGAAAAAAUUAAUUCAGAGACAAAUUUUUUUGAGAGGAAUUUAAGUGGUUCAGCUACGAAUUCUCUUUAAUUUGGAUUAUUAUAAACAUAAACAAUCCAUUUAAAGAGAUCAUUUUCAUCAGUAAGAAAUGAGAAUGAAAUGUAAAUGAAAAUUGAUGAAUUAUUUACAUAUUUAUGUAUAAAUGGAAAGAGGAUAAUCAAUUAUUUGAUUAAUUAACGAUUAUAGUAAAUAACUUAAGAUUUGAAAUUAAGUUAUUCAUAAAAUCCAAUAAAAUUAUUUAAAGAAAUUGAUCCACUGGGUUUUGUAUUUUUUAAAAUGAGUUAGAUUGUUUCUUUUGAAAAUAAGAAACACUUUUUUGAGAUGGAUUUAGAAACUUUAAGAAUAAAUGAAAAACCUAAUUAAAAAUAAAGGGGAAGAUAGAGUGAAACUAUUGAAUUUAAUAUUGUAAGAGAAUCAAGAUUAUAAUAAUCAUUAGAAAAAGUUUUACAAGUUGAAAAAAAUAAAUUUAGAAGAAGUGAGAUUAAAAUAAGAUAUUAAGGAGAAAGAGGAUAAGAUGAAGGAGGAAUUAGAAAAGAAUGGAUGACAAAUCUUGUAAAAGAUAUAUUAUAAACUGAUAAAUUUGAAUUGACUACAAAAAGAUUUUAUAAAAUUAAUCAAAAUAAAAAAGCUAAUGAAGAUAUGAAUUAUUAUAGACUUUUAGGUAGAAUUGUAGCAAAAAGUAUUUAUGAUGGAUUAUUAUUACCUGUAUAUUUUAUUCCAACUAUUUUUAAAAUGAUUCUUUAAAAGAAACCUAAUUUUGAUGAUUUAGAACAUUAUAAUGAAGGUUAUUAUGAUACUUUUAUUAAAUUUAUGAAUGAUGAUACUUAAGUUUAAUAUAAAGAUUUAUUUGAAUUUUGGAUUCCAGAAGAAUAUGCUUAAUUUAUUGAAUAUCAUAAAAAGUACAUUUUUGCUGAUAUUCUUUAAGAAUAUUUGGAGAAAAAUCCAAUAGAAAUUUAAUAGGAUUAAUAAAUUGAAUAACAGAAAUAAUUAGAUUAACAAUAAUAAGGAGAAAAAGUUUAAUAAGAUUAAUCAAAAUAAAAGGAUUAACCAAAAUAAUUAUAAUAAUAAGAAAAAUAAAAAUAAAAUUAAGAAGUUCCUUUUAAAUAAGAUUUGAUUUAAUAUUUUUUAUAAAAGAAUAAAGACUAAGAAGAUUAAUAAUAAAAGAAAAGAUCAGAAGAUAUUACUGCUGAAGAUAUGGAAAAUAGAGAAAAGAAAAGAUUAAUAAGAAAGAAUAAGAAAAGAUAAUUAAGUGAUGAAGCUCUUAAAUAAAUUAAAUUAUAAGAAGUAUUUUUAUAAUUAUAGUCUAAUGUUACUGUCAAACAUAAAAGAUUAAUAUGUGAAGUAAUUAGUAAAAAGAUGAUGUUAGAUGAAAUUAAAGGUUAAAUUCAAGUUUUAAGAGAAGGAUUCUUUGAUAUUAUACCUAAAGAGUAUUUUUCUUAUAUGGAUUGGAGAGAUUUAUAGAAAUUAAUUAUUGGAGUUCCAUAAGUAGAUGGUAAAAAUUAUUAUAUUAUAAUUUAGUUGAUGAUCUUUAGGCAAAUACAGAAUAUGUGAAUUAUGACAAAAAUAAUUAGACUGUUUUAUGGUUUUGGGAAGUUUUAAAAACUUUAAGUGAUUCAGAAAAAUCAGAUUUUUUAAUGUUCUCAACUGGUAGUCCUUUAGUUCCAUUUGGAGGAUUUAAAAAUUUAAGAGGACCAAAUGGACCUAAAAAAUUUUCAAUAUCGAAAGAUUUUAAUUCUGAACAUUUUAUUAAAGCUCAUGCAUGGUAAUAUUUUAUUAUUUAUUUUAUUAGUUUUAAUAGAAUUGAUUUACCAGAAUAUAAUUCAAAAGAAAUUGUAAGAGAAAAAUUGUUAAAAUCAUUAAAAGAAUCAGGAUCUGGAUUUGAUUUGAGUUGAGUUUAUAAAUAUAAUUUUUUAGUAAAAUAUGCAG